AUGCGAACAUCACGAAUAUCCAAAGACACCGCAAAGCUGGCGAGACGAGCCGCCGACUCUGCCUCGCCACCACGGCGCACGACGCGAUCGUCGCUUGCGCGUUUCGCCCACAAUGCAGGCGUCAAGACGGAACAGACGCCGGAUAUCGAAGACAGCAUCACUGACCCGCCGACGAAACGCAGGAGAGGCUCCGAUGCCUCCUUCUCUGCCGAAUUGGCCAAGGACGAAACCGACUCGGACGAAGACGACAAGCUGAAUGCCUUGUUAGCAGCUCCGGCUAUCCCUCCCAAGAGCGCACGCCGUGCCCGCAAGCCCGCGCGCAAAGUCUCGGAUCCGGACACCGGCGAAUCGACAGUCUCCCCUCCGUCUGAUUGGGAAGAGAUGUACAAUGUCGUGAGGAAGAUGCGUGCGCCGGGUGGCGCCGCCUACGGGGCUGCGGUGGACACGAUGGGCUGUGAGCGCCUGGCGGACAGGAGUGCUUCGCCGAGGGACCAGCGGCUGCACUCGCUGAUAGCGCUGAUGCUGUCCAGUCAGACCAAGGAUACGGUCACGGCGGUGGUGAUGCGGAGGCUGCAGACGGAGUUGCCGGCGUACAAGCCCGGAGCGCCGGUGGGCUUGAAUCUGGACAAUGUGCUGGCAGUAGAUGAGAAUCUGCUGAACCAGAUGAUUUGGGCUGUUGGAUUCCACAAUAACAAGACCAAGUACAUAAAAAGGACUGCAGAAAUCCUCCGGGACGAGUGGAACGGCGACAUCCCCGACUCAAUACAAGGCCUGACAUCCCUCCCCGGCGUCGGACCCAAGAUGGCCUACCUCUGCCUGUCCGUGGCCUGGAACCGCACCGAGGGCAUCGGCGUCGACGUGCACGUCCACCGCAUCACCAACAUGUGGGGGUGGAACAAGACCAAGAAUCCCGAAGAGACGCGGCUGGCGCUGCAAUCGUGGCUGCCGCACGACCGGUGGCGCGAGAUCAACAGCUUGCUCGUGGGGCUGGGGCAGAGCGUGUGCUUGCCCGUGGGACGGCGGUGCGGCGAUUGUGAUCUAGGAUUGCAGGGGCUUUGUAAGGCGGCGGAGAGGAAGAAGGUCCUUGUGGGGAGGAAGAUCAAGGGGGAGUUGAUUAAAGAGGAGACGCUGGUUAAGAUUGAGAAGAAGGAGGAGGAAGGGGAGGAGGGAGUGAAGAGGGAGAGUGUCGGCGCGAUUGUCAAGACAGAGGUCGCUAUCAAAGAGGAGAUUGAAUUCGAGGUCAAGGUCAAGAAAGAGGAAGAGGACUGA